AUGAGAGGUGGAGGAGAAAAGAAGAUGACUCUGGAAGAGUACGUUGAUUACUUCGACUCUGGAAAGUCCAUCGACUUCACCUGCUCCUACCUCAAUCAGAUCCUUCAUAUACACGGUUUCCGAAAGCUUCACCACUCUAUUAAGAAAACUGUAGGCGAAGCGGUAGAUGCAGUGGAUUUACUAGAUCUCUCUCGCUCGACUCUGAAUCAAACCUCAGUCUCAUCAUCAUCAGCUUCCCUAACUCUCGAUCAAGUGAUAACCGAUAUCGAAAGGCUCAAGUGGCAGGAAUGCUGUAUCACCUCUCUUCAGAUCAUCAAUUCCGAUGACACUCCUCGAGCAGUGGCUAAUCCUAAACCUAAAUCGAACAAGAGAAAGAAGCAAGGAAAGGAAAAUAAGAUGAUUAAGAAGAAGAAGAAGAAUGUCAAGAGCAUUAGAUCUGUGAAUGAGGCAGCAGCCAAAUCCACUCUCUGAUAAUUUCCAUUUAAGCUUUUACUAUUCCAUAAUUACGUUUACUUAGAUAAUAGAUACGGCAUUAUGCUUGGUGAAAUGGUAUAACAAUGCUUAUGACUAGGG